GGAUUCCUGCUUUAUUCCACCCCCUGAAUCCACCCAUGUCUCUCGUCUGAGUCUGUUGGUACUUCAUCAGUGAGCUUCAUCCUUCUGCCCCCCCUCAUAUGUCCCAUUUUGUUGCACAUGAUCAUUCCGUCGGAGUGUGGUCGUACAACCUCGAUCUUGCAUUGCUUCCGACUGGGCUGCAGCUCGAGAUAGGGUUAUGUCAUGGCUAUAGCACGCAACCGUAUCGCAUAGCGCCGCUAAAUUCCCACCAGGAAUAGAUAGAUACUUAGAUAUCCUCAUGGGUAGCGAUCGAUAGUAUCUACUAGAUAUAGGUAAAGGAGCCGUCGCAUCCUCCUUCUCCCCCACACCGAUUCAACACCUCGACCCGGAGUUGAACAAUGCCCUAUCUUCUCGUCACGCUCUGUUGCCUGUUCGCCAGUCUAGGCUCCUUUUUGUUUGGCUACGACUCUGGAGUCAUCUCCUCCGUCAUCGACCAGGACUCAUUCAAGCAGCGUUUCCACAAUCCUUCUGAUGCAGCAACAGGGGGCAUUGUUGCAUCGUAUAACGGCGGUGCCAUCUUAGGCUCGGUCUUGGUCUCUUACCUCUCCGACCCGUGGGGGAGGAGACCUGUUCUCUUCACCGGCGGCCUGCUCGCUAGCUUCGGGGCCGCGCUGCAAGCUGGCGCUGUCAACGUGGCCAUGCUCAUCGCGGGCCGUUUGGUCGCCGGUCUUGCCGUUGGCUUGAUGUCAGCGAUCAUUCCGGUCUACUGUAGUGAGCUGUCCCCUCCCCGUAUCCGUGGCUUUUUAGGCUCAAUGCAGCAAUGGAUGAUCGGGCUCGGAGUUGUUGUCGCUCAAUGGGUGGGAUAUGGUUGUUCUCUUCGCACGGGGAACUUCACCUGGAGUUUCCCUUUGGCAUUCCAAGCAGUUCCUGCCAUUAUUCUUAGCUGUGGUGUGUGGUUUCUACCCGAAUCCCCUCGCUGGCUCAUUGAAAAGGGCGAUUCUACUGCUGGCCGGGCUGUUUUAAAUCGCCUACACCUAGUCCCGGGCCAGACUAACGCUCGACUGGUCGAUUCCGAAUUCACGCAGAUCUGCGACAGCAUCGCCGAGGAACGGCGCUUGGCCGUUCAUUCCUGGCGUCAGCUUUUGUUCACACAGCCCAGCUGGCGUCAUCGUGUGCUUCUUGCUUGUGGGAUGCAGGCUUUCACACAGUGUUCAGGCACGAACGUGCUCCAGAACUACAACCCAAGAUUGUACCAAUCAUUGGGUUUGUCGCAGUCGACUUCGCUUAUCAUACAGGGCAUAUGGGGAGCAUUGGCCCAGUUCUGGAACACCGUGUUCAUACUCUUUAUCGAUCGCAUCGACCGUCGUAAGCUUCUCAUUCCGUCGUUGCUAGGCAUGGGCGCCACAAUGUGUGUGGAAGCUAUCUUGGGACAGGUGUACGGUGAUUUUGCGAGUGCGAGCUCAUCGAGCCCCAAUGCUGUCCGUGCUGCCAUAGCCAUGUUCUUCGUUUUCUCGCUCUUUUAUACCAGUCUAGGACUCAUCUCUUGGAUCUACCAAUCCGAGAUUUUCCCCACUGCUAUUCGCGCCCGAGGCUCCUCCGUGGCGACGGCCACCAAUUGGAGCCUAAAUUUGAUAUUCGCUCAGUGUACGCCGAUUGCCCAGUCACAGAUCCAAUUCAAGUAUUUUUACUGCUUUGCGGCAUUCAACUGGGUUGCGGCAAUCAUUGUCUGGGCUAUGUACCCAGAGACUGCCGGCAAGUCACUCGAGGAAAUUGACAAUAUCUUCACCCAAGAUAUUGUCAAGUCUGCCGAUGAUGUAGAUCACCAUCGACCCUCGCUGUUGAGGGUUAAAGGCAAGGUUACCUUGAUGGUCAUGAGCACACAGGACAGCAGUCACCCUUCAGAACAUCGAGUGGAAACCAAUAUCGCCUUGACCAACCAAUGAGAACAGGUUUAUAUAGUAUAAAGAUAGAUUCAAGAAUUCAGACGUCAUCAGAAACAAUAUUUCUCCUUGUCCAUCCA